AUUUCUGGACGCAACUGUCAUCAUUGCAGUUUUUUUUGCUUAUAAUUUUUCUGUCAAGUCAAAACUUCAAAAAGUUCGAAAGCCGAUGCCGUUCGCGAUUUGAUAAAUUUUGCAAAUAAACAAUAAAAAAUAAGGUUUAUUCUUCGUCAUGAAGCUUACAGUGGACGGUCUUCUUGUUUAUUUCCCGUAUGAUUACAUUUAUCCGGAACAGUAUGCUUAUAUGUUGGAAUUAAAGAGAGCUCUCGACGCUAAAGGCCAUGGACUCCUGGAGAUGCCUUCUGGAACUGGAAAAACAAUCUCGCUUCUGUCUUUGAUUGUUGCGUACAUGAUACAAAACCCUCACCAUGUCAGAAAACUCAUCUACUGUUCUCGUACGGUGCCAGAAAUAGAGAAGGUUCUGGAAGAAUUGAAGAAUCUGUUCAAGUACUAUGAGAAGUCUCAGGAAGAGAAACCAAGUCUCACCGGUGUGGUGCUGACUUCCAGAAAGAAUCUCUGUAUACACCCUGAUGUGUCCAGAGAGAGAGAAGGCAAACUAGUGGAUGGGAAAUGCCACUCUUUAACAGCCAGCUACAUUAGAGACAGACAUGAAACAGAUACAUCUGUGCCUAUUUGUCAGUUCUAUGAAGGUUUCAACCGUGAAGGCAAAGAGUCUAUGCUACCAUACGGCGUUUACACAAUAGACGAUUUAAAACAAUAUGGCGCCGACCGGAAUUGGUGUCCAUACUUCUUGUCCAGAUUUGCUAUCAUCCAUGCAGAAAUCGUGGUAUACUCUUACCAUUAUCUCUUAGACCCGAAGAUAGCUGAAGUGGUCUCCAAAGAGUUGAACAAGGAGGCUGUGGUAGUGUUUGAUGAAGCCCACAACAUAGACAAUGUGUGCAUAGACUCGCUCAGUGUCAAGAUCACAAGACGGACUAUAGAUAGGAGCACUUUGGCGUUACAGCAGUUAGAGAAAACUGUUGCUCAAAUCCGCGAGGCAGACGCAGCUAGAUUGACAGUGGAAUACGAGCAGAUGGUAGAAGGGCUACGCCUGGCCGCCGUGCAGAGAGAAACUGAUGCUGUGCUCGGCAACCCGAUACUGCCGGAUGAUGUGUUGAAUGAGGUUGUCCCAGGAAACAUAAGGAAUGCAGAACACUUUCUCAGUUUCUUGAAGAGGUUUAUAGAAUACAUUAAAACUAGGCUAAGGAUACAACAUGUUGUACAGGAAUCUCCCGCAGGUUUCCUAAAAGACGUACAAUCCCGAGUGUGCAUAGAGCGGAAACCAUUACGCUUUUGCGCCAGUCGUCUCACCUCUCUUAUGAAGACGUUGGAAAUCCCCGACCCGUCUAAUUUCGCAUCAUUAACUCUUAUAACGCACUUGGCAACACUGGUGUCUACUUACACUAAGGGCUUCACGAUUAUAAUAGAGCCUUUUGAUGAUAAAACUCCGACUGUUUCGAAUCCGAUUUUGCAUUUUUCAUGCAUGGACUCUUCAAUAGCCAUGCGACCAGUAUUUGCUAGGUUUCAAUCUGUGAUCAUUACUUCAGGAACUUUAUCGCCUUUAGACAUGUACCCAAAGAUAUUAGACUUCAACCCUGUGGUGAUGAGUUCAUUCACCAUGACGUUAGCUAGACCCUGUAUAUUGCCUAUGAUAGUGUCAAAAGGCAGCGAUCAAGUAGCUAUAUCGUCUAAGUACGAGACACGAGAAGAUGUAGCCGUUAUUAGGAAUUAUGGACAGUUACUUGUUGAGAUUUCAGCGUCUGUACCGGACGGCGUGGUUUGUUUCUUCACAUCCUAUUUGUAUUUAGAGAGUGUCGUCGGUGCCUGGUAUGAUCAAGGUGUGGUGGCGAGCUUGCAGCGACACAAACUGUUGUUUAUCGAAACUCAAGACUCCGCUGAAACUAGCUUCGCGCUUAUUAAUUACAUAAAGGCAUGUGAAAGCGGCCGCGGCGCCGUACUGCUAUCAGUGGCUCGUGGCAAGGUGUCGGAAGGCGUGGACUUCGACCAUCAUCUCGGCAGAGCUGUGCUCAUGUUCGGCAUACCCUAUGUCUUCACUCAAAGCAGGAUACUUAAAGCCAGACUGGACUAUCUCAGGGACCAGUUUCAGAUACGUGAGAAUGACUUCCUGACAUUCGAUGCGAUGCGUCACGCUGCGCAGUGCGUUGGCCGAGUAUUGCGUGGUAAGACCGACUACGGUAUAAUGAUAUUCGCGGACAAGCGGUUCAGCCGCGCGGACAAGCGGACCAAGCUGCCGCGAUGGAUACAGGAACACUUGAAGGACUCGCUCUGUAACCUCAGCACUGAGGAGGCUGUGCAGAUCUGCAAACGCUGGCUCCGUCAAAUGGCGCAGCCGUUUACACGAGAGGAUCAACUGGGAGUCUCUCUGCUCACCUUACAGCAGUUACAAUCUCAAGAACAACAGGACAAGAUAGAGAAACAAGUCAUACAGAAGUGAAGAGAUCAUAUCUAUGAGAUAUACAGGAGGUUUUGAAGAAAAUAAGUUUGGAAAAUGGAGUCAUGUUGAAAUGUGGACUCUUGCAGUAUUGUUACAAAGUUCUCUUCCAUCAAACAUGCUUAGAGCAACAUGAGGAUAUAUGAAAGCUCAUCUGGCUAGCUUUUCUCAAGUUGAACUUGGGACAACAAAAAUUGUAAGGCCAGACCAGAUAAUA